AUGGCAAGGAAGAAAUUUAGUGGAUUAGAAAUCUCUUUGAUUGUCCUUUUUGCAAUAGUUACUAUAAUAGCUAUUGCCCUAGUUGCUGUCUUAGCAACUCAAACACCUGCAGUUGAUGAAUUGAGUCAUGCUACUUCAACUCCAGCUACAACAGCAAACCCUUCUAGUCUAGGAAAAUGUCCUACUGCAUUAAAUGAUCCGAUCAAUGAGAGAAUAAACUGCAUUCCAGAUCAAUUUCCAACACAGGUAGUCUGUGCACAGAGAGGCUGCUGCUGGAGGCCAGGGAAUGAUUCUAUUGUUCCUUGGUGCUUCUUCGCAGAUAACCAUGGCUAUACUGCUGAAGAAUCAACCACAAUUAGUACUGGAUUUGAAGCCAAAUUAAACAGGAUAGCUUCUCCUACACUAUUUGGAAAGGACAUUAAUAGUCUCCUCCUUACAACUCAAAGUCAGACAUCCAACCGAUUCCGGUUCAAGAUUACUGAUCCAAAUAAUAGAAGAUAUGAAGUUCCUCAUCAGUUUGUGAAAGAAUUUACCGGACCCACACCUUCUGAAAUACUGUAUGAUGUAGAAGUUGAAAAAAAUCCUUUCAGCAUUAAAGUUAUUAGAAGAAGCAAUGGCAGAAUUUUAUUUGAUACCAGCAUUGGUCCCCUCGUGUACUCUGACCAAUAUUUACAGAUUUCAACCAGACUUCCCAGUGAAUAUAUUUAUGGACUUGGAGAACAUACUCAUAAGAGAUUUCGUCAUAAUUUAUAUUGGAAAACAUGGCCAAUGUUUACUCGGGAUCAACUUCCGGGUGAUAAUAAUAAUAAUUUGUAUGGCCAUCAGACAUUCUUCAUGUGCAUUGAAGACACUUCAGGAAAGUCAUUUGGUGUUUUCUUAAUGAACAGCAAUGCAAUGGAGAUUUUCAUCCAGCCUACUCCAAUAGUAACUUAUAGAGUUACUGGUGGCAUUCUGGACUUUUAUGUAUUUCUAGGAGAUACUCCUGAACAAGUAGUUCAACAGUAUCAACAGCUCAUUGGACUACCAGCAAUGCCUGCCUAUUGGAGUCUUGGAUUCCAGUUGAGUCGUUGGAAUUACAAAUCAUUAGAUGUAGUGAAAGAAGUAGUACGAAGAAAUAGGGAAGCUGGCAUACCUUUUGAUACACAAGUCACUGACAUUGACUAUAUGGAAGACAAGAAAGACUUCACUUACGAUCAAGAAGCAUUUCAAGGGCUCCCUGAAUUUGUUGAAGAUUUGCAUAGCCAUGGGCAGAAAUAUGUUAUCAUCUUGGACCCUGCAAUUUCUAUUGAUAAGCGUGCUGAUGGAAGUGCAUAUGAAACUUAUGAGAGAGGAACUGCACAGAAAGUGUGGGUGAACCAGUCAGAUGGAAUUACUCCAAUUAUUGGAGAGGUAUGGCCAGGAUUAUCUGUAUUUCCUGAUUUCACUAAUCCAAACUGCAUAGACUGGUGGGCAAAUGAAUGCAAUGAUUUUCAUCAAAAAGUGAGCUAUGAUGGACUUUGGAUCGACAUGAAUGAAGUUUCCAGCUUUGUUCAAGGUUCAACGGAAGGGUGCAGUGAGAGUAGUCUGAAUUACCCACCUUUUACUCCCGAUAUUCUUGACAAAAUCCUGUAUUCUAAAACGGUCUGCAUGGAUGCUGUGCAAAACUGGGGAAAACAGUAUGAUGUUCACAGCCUGUAUGGAUACAGCAUGGCUAUAGCCACAGAGAAAGCCGUAGAAAAAGUUUUUCCUAACAAGAGAAGCUUCAUUCUCACCCGAUCAACUUUUGCUGGAUCUGGACAUUAUGCUGCACAUUGGUUAGGAGAUAAUACUGCUUCAUGGGAACAAAUGGAAUGGUCUAUCACAGGAAUGCUAGAGUUCAGUUUGUUUGGAAUGCCUUUGGUUGGAGCAGAUAUCUGUGGAUUUGUGGUUGAUACUACAGAAGAGCUUUGCAGAAGAUGGAUGCAACUUGGGGCAUUUUAUCCGUUUUCUAGAAAUCAUAAUGCUGAUGGAUAUCAGCAUCAAGAUCCUGCCUUUUUUGGACAAAAUUCACUUCUGGUCAAUUCAUCAAGACACUAUUUAACUAUUCGCUAUACCUUAUUACCUUUCCUCUAUACUCUGUUUUAUAAAGCCCAUGUGUUUGGAGAAACAGUAGCAAGACCAGUUCUUCAUGAGUUUUAUGAGGAUACAAACAGCUGGAUUGAGGAUACUGAGUUUUUAUGGGGCCCUGCAUUACUGAUCACUCCUGUUUUGAAACAGGGAGCAGAAUCGGUGAAUGCAUUCAUACCUGAUGCUACUUGGUAUGACUACGAAACUGGUGCAAAAAGACCAUGGAGAAAACAGCGGGUUGAUAUUCCUCUUCCAGCAGAUAAGAUAGGGUUACAUAUCAGAGGAGGUUAUAUCAUCCCUACCCAAGAACCAGCAGUAACAACAACAGCAAGCCGUAAGAAUCCCCUAGGACUCAUAAUUGCAUUAGAUGAAGGUAACACAGCAAAAGGAGACUUUUUCUGGGAUGAUGGAGAAAGUAAAGAUAGCAUAGAAAAUGGCAACUAUAUAUUCUACACAUUUUCAGUUUCUAAUCACAAUUUGAAUAUUUCAUGCUCACAUUCAUCAUAUCAAGAAGGAACUGCCUUAGCAUUUGAAACUAUAAAAGUCCUUGGGUUGACAGAUACUGUUACAGAAGUUAGAGUGGAAGAAUAUGGUCUUCCAGGGACUGUUCACAGUAAUUUUAUUUAUGAUGCUUCCAAUCAGGUUCUCUUAAUUAGGAGUCUCAACCUAAACCUUGGAAAAAGCUUUAUUGUUCAAUGGAAUCAAGUUUUCUCUGAAAAUGAGAAAUUUACUUGUUAUCCAGAUGCAGACCCUCCAACUGAAGAGAAGUGCCAACAGCGUGGUUGUUUAUGGCAAACGGCUUUGUUUGCAUCCAAUGCACCUCAGUGUUACUUUCCUAAACAAUACAACUCUUAUUUAGUCACCUCAACGCAGUAUUUACCAACGGGUAUAACAGCUGACCUUCAGUGGAAUACUGCAAAUGCUAGAAUACAGCUACCAUCUACACCCAUCUCAACUCUCCGUGUGGAGGUGAAAUAUCACAAAAAUGAUAUGCUGCAGUUUAAGAUCUAUGAUCCCCAGAAUAAGAGAUAUGAAGUUCCAGUACCAUUAAACAUUCCAGCCACUCCAACAAGUACUUAUGAAAACAGGCUUUAUGAUGUUGAAAUAAAGGAAAAUCCCUUUGGCAUCCAGAUUCGACGGAGAAGCACUGGAAGAGUUAUUUGGGAUUCUCGUGUGCCUGGAUUUGCAUUUAACGACCAGUUCAUUCAAAUAUCUACUCGUCUGCCAUCAGAAUAUAUAUAUGGUUUUGGGGAAGUGGAACAUACAGCAUUUAAGCGAGAUCUGAACUGGCAUACUUGGGGAAUGUUCACAAGAGACCAACCCCCUGGUUACAAGCUUAAUUCCUAUGGAUUUCACCCCUAUUAUAUGGCUCUGGAAGAUGAAGGCAAUGCACAUGGAGUUCUUUUACUCAACAGUAAUGCUAUGGAUGUUACCUUCCAGCCAACUCCUGCUCUAACUUACCGGAUACUUGGAGGGAUCUUGGAUUUUUACAUGUUUUUGGGUCCAACUCCAGAAGUUGCAACAAAGCAAUACCAUGAAGUAAUUGGCCAACCAGUCAUGCCACCUUAUUGGGCUUUAGGAUUCCAACUAUGUCGUUAUGGAUACAGAAACACUUCAGAGAUUGAGCAACUAUAUAAUGAAAUGGUGGCUGCUCGGAUUCCCUAUGAUGUCCAAUACACAGAUAUUGAUUACAUGGAAAGGCAACUUGACUUCACAAUUGAUGAAAAUUUCCAAGACCUUCCUCAAUUUGUUGACAGAAUAAGAGAAGAAGGAAUGAAAUAUAUUAUCAUCCUGGACCCAGCAAUUUCAGGAAAUGAAACAAAGCCUUACCCUCCAUUUCAAAGAGGAUUGGAGAAAGAUGUCUUUGUCAAAUGGCCUAAUACCAAUGACAUUUGUUGGGCAAAGGUAUGGCCAGAUUUGCCCAAUAUAACUAUAGAUGAGACUCUUACUGAAGAUGAAGCAGUUAAUGCUUCCAGAGCUCAUGUAGCUUUUCCAGAUUUCUUCAGGAACUCUACAGUAGAGUGGUGGACAAGGGAAAUUUUAGAUUUCUACAAUGACCAAUUGAAGUUUGAUGGCUUGUGGAUUGAUAUGAAUGAACCAUCAAGUUUUGUAAAUGGAACAACUACCAAUCAAUGCAGAAACACAGAGCUAAAUUAUCCACCUUAUUUUCCAGAACUUACAAAAAGAACUGAUGGAUUACAUUUUAGAACUAUGUGCAUGGAAACUGAGCAUAUUCUUAGUGAUGGAUCAUCAGUUUUGCAUUAUGAUGUUCACAAUCUAUAUGGAUGGUCACAAACAAAACCUACAUAUGAAGCAUUGCAGAAGACAACUGGCAAAAGAGGGAUUAUAAUUUCUCGUUCCACAUAUCCAACUAGUGGAAGAUGGGGUGGACACUGGCUUGGAGACAACUAUGCACAAUGGGACAAUUUGGACAAAUCAAUCAUUGGUAUGAUGGAAUUUAGUCUUUUUGGAAUAUCAUAUACUGGAGCAGACAUCUGUGGUUUCUUCAACAAUUCUGAAUAUCAUCUCUGUGCCCGCUGGAUGCAACUCGGAGCAUUUUAUCCAUACUCCAGAAAUCACAACAUUGCCUUUACUAGAAGACAAGAUCCUGUUUCUUGGAAUGAAACUUUUGCUGCGAUGUCAAAAAGCGUUCUAGAUAUUAGAUACACUUUACUGCCCUAUUUUUAUACACAAAUGCAUGAAAUCCAUGCUCAUGGUGGCACUGUUAUCCGACCUCUUUUGCACGAGUUCUUUGAGGAAAGGCCAACUUGGAAUAUAUACAGGCAAUUCUUGUGGGGGCCAGCAUUUUUGGUUACCCCUGUAUUGGAUCCUUAUGACACUGUAGAAGGCUAUAUUCCUAAUGCUCGGUGGUUUGACUACCAUACAGGUCAAGAUAUAGGUUUAAGAGGACAACAGAAUCAAUUUCCAACUCCCUGGGAUAAAAUAAAUCUGCAUGUUAGAGGUGGUUACAUCCUACCAUGCCAAGAGCCUGCUCAAAACACAUUUUAUAGUCGAAAGAAUUUCAUGAAGCUCAUUGUUGCUGCAGAUGAUGAUCAGAUGGCACAAGGAUCUCUAUUCUGGGAUGAUGGAGAGACUAUAAACACCUAUGAAAGAGACCUAUACUUCUUGGUCCAAUUUAAUUUAAAUAAGACCACUUUGACAAGCACUAUACUAAAAAAUGGUUACAUAAAUAAAAGUGAAAUGAGGCUUGGAUUUAUCCAUGUGUGGGGGAAAGGAAAUUCCGCGGUCAAUGUGGUUAACUUGAUAUAUAAUGGAAAUACAGUACCACUGAAAUUUCAACAUCAGCCAGACCAAGAGAUAUUAGAUAUUGAUCUUACAGAUAACAAUGUUAUCCUUGAUGAACCAUUUGAAAUCAGCUGGUCAUGA